GGUUGUGAAAGGUUCAGAGUUCACUCUGGUGCACGUGGUUUAAAAUGUCUGCGCCCUUCCACUAAAUAAUGAUACAGACGAAAAUAUUGAAACAGCUAAACGUUUACAGCACAUAGCUACAUUAGAGCUGAGACAUCGCCAAGGGAAUCUUGCUGAAGAUGUCAGAAACCAGCAAUGUCGUUGUACAAAAAGGCACCAGCAGCACAGUUCCCAGAGCUCUGAUCAUUCAAAUGAUGGCGGAAAAAUUCGAACGGCUGCCUGAACUUGACAGGAAAAUCUUCACCUAUGGCCCCAUGUACCUGGGAGGUAAUGGGGCAUUUGCAGGACUGAUUGCCAACAGCUUAUACAGGAGAGCACUGAAUGUCACUCAAGGGCGUUUUACAUCAAAUCUCCCAAUGGCUGUCCUACCAUUCUUGACAACAGUGGCCAUGUAUAAUGUAGCUGUAUCUAAACCAUUAUUGUCUGGUGACCUUAACUGUCCAACCUGUGUCCUGAUAAGAGGUGCCCUUGUCGGCGCAGUUGGUGCUGGUGUAUAUCCUAUUCUGUUGGCUUUGCCUGUGAAUGCAGGCCUUGCAACCAGGUACAACACUACACCAAUGCCAGAAAAGGGAAACGUCCUCCGUUUUUGGAUCAACAUUACCCAACCAAUCCUGAGGAAAAUGGGUGUUGUGAUAGUGCUACAGGUGUUCUUUGGCACCUACCUAAGCUCCAGACACUUUGACAGCUACUUGAAGUUGCUUCAGUUGUCCACAUCAAAUGGCGAGGAGCUUGUGGAUUAAAACGGUAUCAAACUAA